CUUGCUUUCUGGUGGUGUUUGCAUGCUUUCUUACGUUUACAGACGCUUUGUGGUAUUAUUGGAUGUGACGAAGCGGAAUCGCAUGUGAAAAGACGACGAGCCUGACAUGGAGGCUCUCGAGUUGAGGCUGCGGGAGAGUGAGGUGGACUCCGAGCGGCUACUGGGGGAUCAAGUGGAGGCUAACCGGCUCCUGAGACAACAACUUGACGACCUUCAAACGAGACUGGAUGAGAAAGAGAAGCAACUUAUUGAAGCAAACGAGAUCAUCAGGGCCCUGAGGGAUGAGGUGCAGACACUGCAUCAACAGCUGGAGCGUGCAAGCCCUAGUGCCCUGGAGCGUGCUACCGGGCUGACAGAUACAGAAGACACAGAGAGGUCACCACAAAGGAAACAAAAUAAACAGGGUGUUACAUCACAGAGCCCUCAGCUGAGACUUCCAUUAGAAACCAACAAGGACCAGGACGUUACAUCACAGAGCCCUCAGCUGAGACCUCCAUUAGAAACCAACAAGGACCAGGACAUUACGUCACAGACCCCACAGACCCCUCAGCUGAGACCUCCAUUAGAAACCAACUGUGCCCUCAAGACUUCGGUGUAUGUGAGCCCAGUAAACCUCCUCCUCAUUUGUACCUCAGAGGACGAUCCAGAAGACCGUACAGUCUCUCUUAGUGAUGUAGCAGAGAGACCAUCCCAACAGGUGCCCUUGCGCAUGGUGUCAGUGAAUCUUGAAGACUGCCGUGGAAUGCUGGGGCCCGAUGGAGUUUAUAAGAUACAAACAGAAAACGAAGACCACAGUGAUGAAGGCAGCUCUGACUACGACCAACACGAUGGUAACGAUGAUGACGAUGGAGACAGUCUUUAUGACCCCACUACUGAACUCCUGGACUCCUGUUCUGAUGAUGGAGACACCGCUUGUGCACCUGAGGAGCAAAGAAGAGAUGAACAGACAGAACAGACAGAGUCGGAGCAGAAGCUGCAUUCCUGCAGUGAGUGUGACAGGACCUUUCUCAAACUGAACUCCCUGAGGGCUCAUCAGAGAAGACACAAUGAAAAGACGUCCCCUCCUCAAAGUCCCUGUGAGUCUAAAAAACAAGAACAACGGUUACGCCUUGAGCGCAAAGGCCAGAAAGGCGAGAGAAAAACUGACCGUGUCAAGCUUCAUGAGUGCAGGGAUUGUGGAAAGGCAUUUUCGUUCCCAAGCCAGCUUUCUAUUCACCAGAAAGUGCAUAUCAGAAAAAAGCUGUCCGCUACCGUGUUGGAAAGCACGGUGUCAUCCAACAGGCCAUCACCUCGCAAGAAAAGUCUCAAGUGUGCCCAGAAAUCUUGUGAGUGUAAAGAAUGUGGCAAACUGUAUUCAAGCGUUUCGAAUCUCCAUAGUCAUCAAAGAAUCCACACAGGAGAAAGGCCUUAUACAUGCACUGUAUGUAACAAGGCUUUUACACAUUUAGGCAACUUCCGUGCACACCAAAGAAGCCAUACACAGGAUAGACCAUAUCAGUGUCCCCAUUGCCCAAAGAGGUUUAUAACAUCAUCUACAUUAAAAAUACACAUACGGGUUCACAGUGGGGAAAGACCAUACUCGUGCACCGAGUGCACCAAGAGCUUCACCAGCUCGCAUGCGCUUAAGUCGCAUCAGAAAUGUCACAGAGAUGAUAAGCCUUUUCUGUGUUUGCAGUGCGGUAGAACAUUCAAAUGGAAUUGCAACUUCAUCAGUCAUAGCAAAAGGCAUACAGGAGAAAAACCUCACCUCUGUCAGUAUUGUGGCAAGACUUUCUCAAGCAAACCAUUGCUGGUCAAACAUCAGAGAUGUCACACAGGAGAGAAACCAUAUAAAUGCCCAGAGUGUAAGGACAGUUUUUCUCAAAUAUCAGGUCUCAUAAACCAUAAACUGCGACACACAGGGGAAAAACAUCACCUUUGCUCUGUUUGCGGGAAGGCCUUCGCUCGCCUAGAUGUUCUGAAGACGCACCAAAGAGUUCACACUGGAGAGAAACCUUACCAGUGCACCAUAUGUGAGGCAAAGUUCAGCUACAUACAAAGCCUGCAGUCACACCAGAAGAGAGGGCAUGCUGUCAGCAAAUCUCACAAUUGUUCACAAUGUGGCGACAGCUUUAUAAAGGCACAGGAACUCAAAUCACAUGAAUGCCUUCAGGGUGGAAACAGUUGAGCUGGCUCUUGAGCACGAGAAUUUCAUUACUUAAAAUUCCUUUCCUGGUGAAUUCCGUUGACAGUUAACAACUUCAACUUGGAUGUCUUUGGGGAAGGAAGUGGACAUGACUGUAAACAGCCUCCUUUAGUGAACUCUGAGAGGCUGUAGACCAGCAGUAUUUCAAAGGGACAUUUGGGUGGCUAGAAUAGAAUAAAAUAUAUACUUUUUUGAUCCCGUGGGAAAUUCGUUUCUCUGCAUUUAACCCAAUUUAACCGAAUUAGUGAACACACAGCGAGGUGAAUCACACAUUAACCCGGAGCAGUGAGCUGCCUGCCCAACCAGCGGCGCUCGGGGAGCAGUGAGCGGUUAGGUGACUUGCUCAAGGGCACUUCAGCCGUGGACUGGUCGGCGAUCGAACCGGCAACCCUCCGGUUACAAGCCUGAAGCCCUAACCAGUAGGCCACGGCUGCCCCACGGCUGACGACACAAAAAGACAUACUCUGGACGUCGGUGUUACAAGGGGCUGUUGGUCAGUAGUGGUGCGAAUCAAAGGGGGGGUUGACCAAAUUGUUCCCUCCGCCAGGUGGUAAUGUUUGGGUUUGGUUCGUCUUUCUGUUUUUUUUCUGUGUGUCUAUGUGCAGUAUUACCUCACAACUAUUGGCUUGAUUUCCACAAAAUGUCUUGGAGCCGAUCUAGCCACACCCCAUAUGUUUACUUAGUGGCCAUUCUGUAGCCAUUGUUGGCUGGUUUGGGGUUUUUUUAGUGUAAAGAUUUGUGGAUGACGUUCAACAGAAGGUGGUUUAAAGGUACACUAUGCAGGUUUAGGUAUUUUUUUGGCGAAUGUAGAGCUCCUUCUAGAGUUGCAAUGUAUUUACAUGUUACUCUGCUAUUGUAAAUAAAUAGUUAACUUCUCACAAUUUAUUCCCCCUGUACACAAUGCAAAUCCUUUUGUUGUGCAGGUGAAGUAUUAACGAAGCUGCAUUGCUGGUUUUCUCAGUAGGAACUCGCUAUGUGUACAGUGUAUGCUGUAUGCUAUGCUAUGUGAACGAUUCGCCUAUUAAAAGUUAAUUUACCAAAUUGGCUUUGUAAAGGUGAAAAUCUUGCAUAGUGUACCUUUUUAAGUAUUUUUUUUCUAAAUGAAAUUAUUUGACUUGUUGAGUCAGUGUCAGAGAUCAGAUAACUGAUACUAACAUCCAUUUUGAUACCUCAGCCACAGCACGCCUGUUUCUGCAAGGUUCCAGGCCCAGGCUGGAAUAUGUGCUACACACAACACAAGUUACAUCUUUUUUAAUUGUGUUUUUUUCCCUGAUGGGUGGGUGUGAUUAACUUAUUACAUUUGUAUGAUGUUAGAGGUUGGAAUGGGACCAGGGUAAGUAUUUCCAUUCAUGAGAGCGUAAUAAAUAAAACUAUCGGGCUGAUUGAAUACCUGCCCAGUCAAUUAUAAUGGCUCCAUGAUCAACAGCCAGACAUUGAUCUACCUUUGAAAAGAAGGUACAAGACUACAAUUAUUACAUUAUUUCCAGUUUAUUAUACAGAGGGUAUAGGCUACAGACACUGAACAAAAAUUUGGAAAUUUGGUCUCAUCUCUAUGCUCGAAAAAGAUGUAGAGAAGCUAGAUCAGGGGUCACCAAACGUUUUUUCUCCGAGGGCCGGUCGUGACUGUGAUGGGGGGCCGGGUUCGGGUCAGGGUCAGCUCAUUGUGUAGUAGAGUAUCCUGGCACAGACAUCGCCGCUAUUCACCCUUUGCGCAUGAUGUCAUAAUUGUUCGCGCCACAGCAAUUACAGUCUCUUUAAAGUUCCGUACUACACAGCACCCAGGUCUCAGUUUGUUUUGAUACACACAAAACUCACAUCUGUAUGCUGUUCUGUGUAACUGUUACUGCAGUUUGUCCCGUAGUACAACAUGCUAACAACAUCAAGGCCAUGUGCUCAAUAGACAGAGUACUGAUUAAAAAACGUGUUUAUUCUGCAAGUGAAGUUAAUACUGUACAUGUAGAUUUUGUGCACUUUUGUAUGAAAAGAAAUGUAAUGAGUUUGAGGAUGUAUUUUAAUAAUAAAACAAAAAUAUUGACC